CAAAAGAAAAAAGUACAGACGUACGUUGCAAUAAACAACGAUCGUUGCACACAGACUUAAUCGUCGCAAGUUUCAAACCGAAAAGAAUCGUAAUUCUCAACCCUGUCCACCGGAAAUUUCCAGCCCCACCCGUCACCACCACCACCACCACCACCGCUACGCCCUAACUCCUAACUUACAGAUCUCUCUCCUUUUAUUUUUUUUAAUUUUAAUAUCCAAUAAAACGUCCACUUAAACGUCGCCAAAGAAAAUACAAGAAGGAAGAAAAGCUUUCAUUUCGAUUCCGACGAAGCUGUGCAACAAAAUUAAUAUAUUUAAACAAUCAGUUUUUUUUUCUCUCUCCUUCUCUCCGAUGUCUGUUGUAUAUUGGAUUUUGAUUUUGAACCUUUGGAUCUUAAAAGCGACGUCGUUGCAAGCGGGAUCGCGAACGGUACUUCGAGAGAUUAGCAGUAACAACGGCGGCGGCGGCGGUAGUGAUCCGAAGGACUACGCCGUCGAAUUGAAUAUCACGAAUUUCGAUGAGGUUCUCAAGGAUACUCCAGCCACUUACGCUAUAGUCGAAUUCUUCGCUCACUGGUGCCCUGCUUGCAGAAAUUACAAGCCCCAUUAUGAAAAAGUUGCUAGGCUUUUCAAUGGACCUGAGGCUGUGCAUCCUGGUAUCAUAUUGAUGACUCGAGUAGACUGUGCAUUAAAGAUAAAUACCAAACUUUGUGAUAAGUUUUCUGUGGGUCACUAUCCUAUGCUGUUUUGGGCUCCUCCUACAAAGUUUGUAUCUGCUGGCUGGGAACCCAAUCAAGCGAAAAGUGAAAUACGUUUAAUUGAUGAUGGACGGACAGCGGAGCGCUUGCUUAAUUGGAUCAAUAAGCAAAUAGGCAGCUCUUAUGGCUUAGAUGAUGAGAAAUUUGAAAACGAGCAUCCUCCGUCAAAUAUAUCGGACCCUGGACAGAUUGCUCGAGCCAUAUAUGAUGUGGAGGAGGCUACCACAACUGCCUUUGACAUCAUUUUAGUACACAAGAUGAUUAAAUCGGAAACUCGAGCUUCACUCAUAAAAUACCUUCAGCUUUUAGUGGCUCAUCAUCCUUCCAGGAGGUGUCGCAAGGGAAGUGCAGAAGUACUUGUAAACUUCGAUGACUUGUGCCCACCAGAUAUGUGGUCAUCUGAUAGACAUGAAGUUGCCACCAAUAAUGUGAAAGGGGUGCCAAGCAAUUUCCAGAUUUGUGGGAAGGAAGUUCCCCGUGGAUAUUGGAUGUUUUGUCGUGGCAGCAAGAAUUAUACCAGGGGCUUUAGUUGUGGAUUAUGGGUCUUAAUGCAUUCACUCUCUGUGAGGAUUGAGGAUGGAGAGAGCCAGUUUGCGUUUACAGCUAUAUGUGAUUUUAUUCACAACUUCUUUAUUUGUGAGGAGUGCCGUCAACACUUUUAUGAGAUGUGUUCAAGGGUUACUAGUCCUUUCAGCAAAGCCCGUGACUUUGCCCUUUGGUUGUGGAGUGCACACAAUGAAGUUAAUGAGAGAUUAAUGAAGGAAGAAGCAUCUCUGGAAACUGGAGAUCCCAAGUUCCCGAAGAUUAUUUGGCCUCCGAAGCAGCUUUGUCCUUCAUGUUAUCACUCCCGAGGUUCCAAAGAUCAAGGAAGUAAUCAGAUUGAGUGGGACCAGGAUGAAGUUUUCAAGUUCUUAAUUAGUUAUUAUGGAAAUACGCUUGUAUCAUUGUACAAAGAAAAGGGUUUUCUUGCUGAAGAUAGGACCAAGGCUACUCUGGAUGAUUUGGUGGCCUCAACGAACGCAGUUGUGGUGCCUUUGGGUGCUGCAUUGGCUAUUGCUCUUGCUAGCUGUGCAUUUGGAGCACUUGCGUGCUACUGGCGUUCUCAGCAGAAGAAUCGGAAGCCAAGGAGAAGCUGGAAUUAAGAUUACUAAAACAACAAAAAAUCAAACACAACCUUUAAGAUGCCCAGUCGGAUGAACUCAAGCUCCAAGUAGAAAUCCAGAUUACAGGCUUAUACCAACUCGCCCUCUUGAGGUCCUAUUCUUUACCAGUCUUCUCUCGAGCUCAUCAUCAUCAUCAAAUUUCAUUUUGGGUUGGUUGUAUAGAUUUAACAUAAUCUUAAUUUUGAGAAAGAAAUGUUCCAUAUCUAUUUUCUUACUUUUUAUUCACAUUUGACAUGCUGCAUGGGUACUUGCACAGAUUUACUUUUGCUGAAGUGUCUGAUACAAGUGUCGUCCAAUUCCUUCUCUCGGCCUAUUUUUGUUCUUGAUAUGGUAAACGGUAAAGAACAAUUUUGUAUUUUGGUACUACUAAACAGUGAAGAACUGCACUAGCUUGAAAAUGGGGAUACUGUGCAAACCUCUUUAAGGUCAAUUAAGAGAACAUGCUUUAUUCUUGCAUGUUGAAUUUUGACAA